AGCAGCUAAGGAUUAAAACGCGUCGCGUAAUAAUUAAAGAGAUCAAUCAAAAAAACCACCAAACUUAAACGAAAAUGAAAGUGUUCGCCAUUGCCUGUGUGAGCCUCUUAUUGGCAAGCUGCGUUUGGGCCGCGCCCGGCGUGCAAGAUAAUAGAAUCGAAAGUGACAAUACGCUCGGAAGGGCAGCCCGGUAUUUGGGCGCCUGUCUCGACAGCGAUGAUAUGGCCACCUGUUUGGCCGUUAAGGGUAUUACCGCAUUGAAUCGCGCUGCAAGGAGCAACAACAUUGAGCUGGUCAAUGGCGUCACCUUCAUGAGAGAUCCUGCCAGUCCUGUGCAGCGCAGCGGCAAGUCCUUGAGCGAGCAGGACAUCUACGCCGAGCUGCCACAAGGCGAAGAGCGCAAUGGCCGUCUGGUUGAUUUGGCCAUCUCGAGUGUUACCGACUUUUUGACCACGCACAAUCUGGAAUUCAAAUUGCCCGCUGAGACCACCCAGCAAGUGGCUCGCGCUUUGGAUGAAGGCCGCGGCAAGAUCAAGAAGAUGAUUGGCCCCAUUGCUUUGGCCAUUGGCGCCAAGUUGUUCGCAGUGAUUCCCCUGGUGCUUGGAUUCCUCGCGCUGUUGACCUUCAAGGCUGUGAUUGUGGCCAAGAUUGCUUUCGUCGUGGCUCUGCUCGUCGGUGGCUCUCGUCUGCUGGGCGGCUUUGGCAACAAGUUCGGCGGCGUCGGCUCCUUUGGCGGUGGCUACAACUCCAACGCCUGGUCUGCUCCCGCUAGCCCUGGCUGGAGUUCGGCUGCCUCCUCGUCCUAUCCCUAUGCUCGCAGCAUUGCUGUUGAUGAUGCCCAGGAGUUGGCCUACUCUGGCCAACAGCAGCAGCAGCAGGAACAGUAAUAAGCAGUUAGCCGCCUUUGGCCUUUUGGCCAAUAGCCAAAAAUGUGCCGUCUUAAAUUGAAAGUUUAGUUUGUAGUAAUUUAUUUGAGAGCGUGCAGCUGACGCGUUAUUAACUAAUUAAUUUAUUGUAUUACAUUACACAACACGACACACA